UCAGCUUCCACUUCAAAGGGCGCCAACAAAAACCGCGCGAAAAUACCUCAUCAACGCCCAUAUUUCUCACAUCGCAAAGAGAGAAAGCGCGACACUCAAGAGGACACUCAUAAAAAAUAUGCUCUAAGCAGGUCCGUAGAUCUUUAUUAAUCCUCAGAACCUAGCCUCGCGUUUUCUAAUACCUGGCGUAAAUAUAUCUCUCCUCACACAUUGUUAGCUCGUCGUGGUUUUAUUAAGUGUUGGGAUUUGUCAUUUGUUCAGCUUUAUCUAUUGACGUCGCCUGACAGAUCCUGAUUUUUGCCCCAGACUAAGGUGAAACGGAGUUUUGGGGCAACUGCCCGGUGGUUAUCACCAUGGGAGUGGAUGGGUUAAGGGCUAUGAUCGCAUCAACUAUUACACUUUUCCUCCUCAUCAUGUGCUUCACAUAUGCUCAAGCUGGAUGUAAAAUAAGAAGUUGCGGAGACUGUAGGAAGUGUAAUACAUAUGUCCCAGCAUGCGAGGCGUGUUAUUAUGGAAUAGCAACGCGAAAAAGGAAUUCAUUGAUAGGAGAAGCAGCAACCAACGAUGAAACAAAUGAACUACAGAGGGCACCAACGCAGACGUCAGUCAUUCCCGCCAAAAGACCGACCUGCAAUCUUGAUCAGGUCUUCAGCAAACUCCCACCUGAAAUACAACGUCAGAUCGAAGAACUUAUUUUAUCAACAGUUUGAGCGGAAAUAAAAAUGGAAGGGCUCUUUUCUUUUUCUACUGGUGAUUGUUUGACAAACUUUUGAGGACUGGAUUGCGUCGAUUUUAUGACAAAGGACUACAACAUUUUUUUCACAUCAAUCCUUCGCCAAUCACGUUCUAGUUUAAGAAUUGCACCAUUAAGAGGUAAAGUCUUUCAUCGAGCUGUUUUCCGCUUAUUAAAUGAUUUAAUCAUUAGUUCCUUUUUAUGUUGUUUAUCCUUGAAAUAAUCAUUUUCUGAUU